AUGGCCGAGAGGCAUAGGCUGCUUGAAUCCGAGAAUGCUACGGCCAAGGAGAAGUUGAGGGUAAUGGAACAGAAAGCCGAGGAUAGGGCUCGGAUUAGCGACGAGCUUAAAAGCAAUUUCGAGGAGGAAUCCGAGGCUAAUGACAUUCUUAAGGCCGAGCUUGAGUCGGUUACUCAAGCUCAAAGAAUACUCGACGAAGAAUGGUCGGAAUUAGUGGCUAAAUUGGCCAAAGUUGAGGUCGACUUGGAGGAGUCUCUUAAGAAUUUGGAGGCUGCCGAGGCUCAUACCAUGAUUGCGGUUGCAUAUGAACGGUGGAAGUCUCGGAGGGCUACCCUUGAACAAGCUCAACAAGGAUUUGGGGACCUCCUGACUCUGAUACUCGAAGCCAGAACAAUCGAGGAGGAAGAUAAGAAAGCCCUUAACAACGAGUCUGAGGAUUUUGAGAGAACGAAGUUUCGGAUGUAA